GAGCAGCCAGGGAGCCAUCCGGGAUCCCCAUUGAAGUCCACAGCAUUAUUGUCACAGGGCGGGAGGGCUUGUCUGGUCCCUGUGAUGUUUGUGGGCGAUCAUGGUUUGCGCCUUGUGGAGCUUGUCUCCAAACAAAGAACGCAACGAAGCCCAUGCCUUGUUUGCAGCGAUUCGGAAGGGCGAUGUGGAUGGCGUGAGGAAUGUAGCGGAGCAGCAUCCACAUCUACUCAAUGAAGCUCGGUCCCUGCGCCGUCUAACGCCCUUGCACUUGGCGGCCUCCAUUGGUCAGCUCGAGGUCUUGAUCGCAUUGCUCGAGCGAGGCGCCGAUGCAGAACCUCUGGAUCGAUAUGGCAAGACACCCUUGAUGCUUGCUUGCAAGCAGAAGAAAUGGGCUUGUGCCGAGUGGCUUCUCGAUCGCGCCGGAGCGAAUAUAAUCGUAUUUGGUUCGUCACGCGGAAGAACAUGCUUACACUAUGCUGCCAAGGGAGGAAACUCUUCGUGCGUCCAGAAGAUCUUGGCAGCAGCCGAUUCAAGUACUUGGGGUCUGGCGAGAUUCCUGAAUGCGCAAGACAGGAGCGGGAUCACUGCUCUUCACCUGGCCAGCUUGAGCGGCCAUGCCGCCGUCGUCCAGGAACUUCUAAGCAACGGAGCGCUGGUCUCCGCAAGAACGAUUCCUUAUGGCCAGAUCAAUGAACUUGGUGGUGGAAUGUCCCCGCUGCAUGCUGCUGCUCGUGGAGGCUCGGUCGAAUGCGUGCAAGCGCUCCUCUCAUGGGGAGCAGACCGAAGGCAUCGUGACAACGAAGGGUUCACUGCUUACGGAGUGGCUAACGAGUACCACAACUUCGCCUGCGCGGCUCUGCUCAAUCCCAACGCAGCAGAGCCGCUGGUGUGGCCAUCGUCUCUCAAGUUCAUCAAGGAGCUGGAGCCGGAGGCCAAGAAGCUGCUCGAGGCGGCUCUACGCGAGGCCAACCGGCGGCACCACCGACAGCACCACCGACCACGAAAACAAAAUCAACAAGAGCGAGAUCUAUCCCAGGAACUCGCUGCUAGUGGGAGCAGCUCCAUCAAGGACGAAGACGUGUGCUGCAUUUGCUUCGACCACUUGUGCACCAUCCAAAUCAAGGACUGUGGCCACCAGAUGUGUGCAACCUGUGCUCUCAAGCUCUGCUGUCACGGCUCCUCGUCGUCGUCGUCAUCACCGCCGCGAGCACUAGCAUGUCCGUUUUGUAGGCAGGACAUUGCAUCGCUCGUGCUGGCUCCAUCAUCGAUAUCUCAUGGCUGCCGGGACGAGCAGCAGCAGGUUCACCACCAAUCGUCGUCGUCGUCGUCCAGGCGAUCCAGGAGAGUUAAACCCCUCUCGCCGAGCGUUUCGGUUGUUCUUCGUCAACUUAGUCAUGAGGAGAUGGAAGGAGGCGAUGCUCCACCACCACCAAACUCGAGUGGAUUAAACAAAGGGAAAGAAGUGUCAAUCCGGUGGGUGUAGAGCUGAAAGUUUUUGUGCGUGCUGCCAGGCCUAGGAGGUAGAGGAACCGAUCGCGAAAGCAAAGAUUUUGGAGAGCGUUUGCUCGCGGAGUCGCUGCUGUUGCGUUUGUCCGUGUCGAGCCUUGAUUGUCAUUCAAUGCCCGGCAACGGCCGUGCAGACCCGACGACGGUCUCAUGAACUUCUUGCCACUCCCUUAAAAAGCUUUUCUUUCUCUUGCUCUCACUCGUUGCUUCGUCGUCGGGGAGGGGCGACCGGAUGGAUUGAGCAUGAAUGAAUGGAUCCUUCGCUCGUGUCGCAUUGCAAUGCAGCCCAGGAGCAUUUGUUCUUAAUUGAGAGUGCUUUCCUCGGAGAGAAAGUACUUUGGAUGGAGGAGGGAGCACUCCUCGGCUGGCUAUGGCUAUAGGGCAUCUCUCCAAAGCCCCUACCUUUCUCCCACUUGUAAUGAAUGCGAGAGGUAAGAUUCGAUACUAGAUAGAUAGCUAGACUACUGGAGUCGCGCUGAUUCCUAGAGGCACGCUCGCUCUCGUCUCGAUGGAUCGCGACGAGGAAGAGAGACCGCCGUCUGGAUGGCCGCUCGGGCUCGAGCCCGUGCACUUGAGGAAGAGAGUGCUCGACACACUGGUGGACGAAGAUCGAGAUCCAAGCAGCAACACAAUGAGAGGCACCGCCGGCGGCGCCAAGAUCUCCACCACCAGCUACUCCGACGAGACCUCCAACUUGGAAACCGAGUCGAGCUGCUCCUCCAAGUUCUUCCCGGAUGACAAGCCCGUGACGCUGGGCGAGAUCCUGGGGAUGUCGCUCAACCAUCUGGCCACGAGCUCCUUCCGAUCCAUCGAGCUCCACGUCGCGGAACAACCAUCGUCGUCGCGGUCGAGCACUAGAUCCUGGUCGAGCCCCUGGAGCCUGAUGAUGCGAUGCAAAUGCACCAGGGCGUCGACGGCCUCGAGCAGAUUCGAGGACGAUAUCCCCAUGCCCGGCAGGAUUUACACGAAUUCCAUGUUCGAGGAGGAUGGCGAUCAGCACAGCGACGGCGGCCAUGACCGUGAUCCGGUCUCCCUUUUGGACCACCUCCGGGGCUCUGCGCUCCACGACAUCGCGGAGAAUCCACUCUUUCUGCUUGAUUACGUAGCAACGAGGCAACAAAGGAGAGCUAGGUAGCAUGAGCGAGUGGAUUCGGGGUGGACUUCUCCCUCCCAAAAGGUCAAAGCCUUUGGGGUGCAUUGGAUGUUGACUUUUUGAGCAUUGAUCUUUCUUGUUUGAUUUA